GGAGAGAGGAGCGCGGUCAUGUGAUUGAGUCAAGAUGGCGUCGUCCAGCUCCUUGUGGCUCUUGGCUCUCGCUUUCCUGCCGGGAUCCUGCGCUUCCCUGGCGCUGGGGCAUCUUGACCCGCCGGCCCCGCUGCCUCUGGUGAUCUGGCAUGGGAUGGGAGACAGCUGUUGUAAUCCCUUAAGCAUGGGCGCUGUUAAGAAAAUGGUCGAGAAGAAAAUACCUGGAAUUUACGUCUUGUCUUUAGAGAUUGGGAAGACCCUGGUAGAGGAUGUGGAGAACAGCUUCUUUUUGAACGUCAACUCCCAAGUAACAACGGUGUGUCAGAUUCUUGCUAAGGAUCCUGAAUUGCAGCAAGGCUACAAUGCUAUGGGAUUCUCCCAGGGAGGCCAAUUUCUGAGGGCAGUGGCUCAGAGAUGCCCAUCACCUCCUAUGAUCAAUCUCAUAUCAGUUGGGGGACAACAUCAAGGUGUUUUUGGACUCCCUCGGUGCCCAGGAGAGAGCUCUCACAUCUGUGACUUGAUCAGAAAAACACUGAAUGCUGGAGCUUACAACAAAGCUAUACAAGAACGCCUGGUGCAAGCAGAAUACUGGCACGACCCCAUAAAGGAGGACAUAUACCGCAACCACAGCAUCUUCUUGGCAGAUAUUAAUCAGGAGAGAGGUGUCAAUGAGUCCUACAAGAAAAACCUGAUGGCCCUGAAGAAGUUUGUGAUGGUGAAAUUCCUCAACGAUUCCAUUGUGGACCCCGUGGAUUCUGAGUGGUUUGGAUUUUACAGAAGUGGCCAAGCCAAGGAAACCAUUCCCUUACAGGAGAGCACCCUGUACACACAGGACCGCCUGGGGCUAAAGGCAAUGGACAAUGCAGGACAGCUGGUGUUCCUGGCUCUCGAAGGGGACCAUCUUCAACUGUCUGAAGCAUGGUUUUAUGCCCACAUCAUACCCUUCCUUGAGUGAAACCCUUGUAGUUUGCACCAGAGCUCAGGGAACCCCUCACACUUCCAAACCAGUUCCCUCCAUGCCCAAGCCUGAGCUCAGAUGCAGCUAGAAACUAAUCCUUCUCUUGUCACCGUCUAACAUGCCCUGCUUGGAAAGAUCCAAGAUAGGAAUCUUAUCCUUUGCCUCAUCCUAUCAGCAUAUGGUGUUGAAUGCAAGUUUAAUUAGCUAAUAACCAUGGAGAUUGUUUUACAACCCUUUGAUGUGGUCAGUGUUUUAGGAAUCAGGAGUUUGCUGCAGGUCAGUGGCAGAACUGUGCCCAGGCCCGGAAGAGACUAAACAAACUAAACCAAUGAGAUAGAGUCUAAGGCAGAUGCCUUCCUCAGGAAAAUGUAGCCACAUCUCAAGCCAAGAGGCCAGUACCCAGACCUAAGGUAUUCACAUAAAUGCUUUCUCAGUUGUGCUGGUGGAGAUUUGACCAGUGCUUGGAGAAGUAGUAUUGCUUGGAUGAUGUGUCCACAUAAUUUCUUGAGGCUGUCCUCCUCUUUGUGUUGCUUUCUGUGGUGUCUUAGCUAUUAUUAGACAAAUUCAGGCAGUCCACCAUCUUCCCUUGGUAGCACUUUUUUUUGUCUCCUCAGGUAGUGAUGAAUUUGUUGCUCUGUCACAAAAGGAGGGAACUAGCACCCAAUUGGAUUGCUUAAGGGAGGAAGUGUACAUAUUGCUUAACUUAGAUGGGGUGGGGGAGGUUUAAAGAAAAAUAGGAGGAGGUAGUUAGUUCUUUCCAUUCCAUCCUUGAUGAACCUGCCCUUUCUAAAUAUGACUAGUGGUGUGGAUUCUAGAGUCACUUUAUUGCUGGCAUUAGCAAAGAAUGGGAGGAAAAAUGCGAAGAGAUCAGGCUUUCUAACUUCCAUCUCAAAAAUUUGAGAUUACCGCACACUUCAAACUGCUUCUGAUGUGUUCUGUGAAAAAAAGAGUGCUCAAAAAGCUUAGAGAGUAUUCCAUAUCCCUUUUCUCCUCUUGAAGAUCAACCCACCUUAGAAUAUUAAGGACUCUGAAAAUUCCUGUUACAGUAAAGAAAACUAACCUUAAUCUACCGUUUCCCACGCUAUUUGAGCAUGGACAUCUUAACCCCCAAUCCCUUAUCCCAUGAAAACCUAGCAACACUUUUUGGAAGAUUGUUCUGCGGAACGCCAGUUUACGGAAUUGGGUAGCUAUACUUGAGGGAAGCACUUUGUUAGUGCUGCAAAGUUUACCCUCUGUGAUUUUUCUUUCACCUCUCUCAAGACUUUUCAACUAAGAGGAUGAAAGGCAAGAAGUGGGGACGUGUGAAAAUAAUUUUAUGAAGUUGUUUAAAAUAAAGAGUAGUUUCUUAUC